AUGUUCGUUGAUUCUCUUGUCGAAGGAAAAAUCCCAGUAAAAGCAUUAAUAGAUACAACAUCUAAAUCCAAUACUAUUAGCAGGCGCUUGUUCGAUAAUCUUGAAGAAGAUUAUGAAAUACGUCGUAUCCUCGAUCCUGUUGAGAAGUUCUAUGGAGAUGUAAUAGGUGAAAUAAAAUGCUUAGAUUUGCAAUUCCACUAUAAAGGAAAGUGGCGGAGCUUAGAUGCCACCGAAGUAAUAGUCUUUCAAAUUUGCAAAAAUCCAUCAUUCGAUCUGGUGUUAGGACAAGGAUGGUUAUGGAUGCAUAAAGCAAAAAUAAGCUUUGAAUUUUCUCCCGAAGCCCGUAGCCACCAUGCUAAAAUUGUAAUAGAUAGUAUAAGCAUCCCAUUAAUCGAGGGAAAUAGUAAUAAAACCAGCAUUAGUAAAAAUAACUUAUCUAAAUCGACGGAAUCUAAACCUGGUCUAGCUCAAGAGGAGUCGGUUCAUUCUAUAGAAGAUGAUAUAGAGUAUAGAAUUUUUGAAAAACUUUGUAUUAUCGAGUAUGAACUAAGUUGUAUAAACAAAGGAAAGUUACCAUGGAUAAAAUCUGAGACAGAGACUAGUUCAUCCAGUUCCGAUUCAGAAUCCACGGACUCAGGCCGAUAUAAACUCCAAAAGGAUCGCGUGCGUAAUACAAAGAAAAAGGUUGUCUCUCCUAUCCGAAAACAUCAUGUCAAAGAUAAUAAGCACCGAAAGAGACAACAUGGGAUAUUUGAAUCGAAAAAAGCAUAUAUGGAUUUGCUUAAUCCAAAUAAAUAUGAACACAUGUACAAUCCAAAGAAUAGCUUUGUUAUAGUCAAAAAUAUACGUAAAGGUAGUAUAGUGGGGGUGUUCGAUUAUUCUGAAUUAUAG